CGAAUACGAUACCGAUCUGACGCGAAAGAGUCAAUGGAAGGAGUGCUGGCUAGAUUCGGGCGGUCCUCCACCCGGUACGGACCAGCCACGGUGUUCACUGGGCCGGUCAGGAAAUGGAAGAAGAAAUGGGUCCACGUUUCCCCAUCUAACACCGGCAACAGCAAUAACAAUAAUCCCUCUCAAAAUAAAAAUAAUAAUCACCACAGCACCAACGGUAUUUCUAACGGUAAUAACGGCUCUCAUCUCGUGCUUUUUAAAUGGACCCCUUUAUCACAAAGCCAAAACAACUACAGUAGCACCAACUAUUCUUCCAUGGAAGAUGAUGUGGCGACGCCCGGUGAGCCUCCGAGGCGGAAAUUUAAAUACAUCCCGAUUGCCGUGCUAGAGGAACAGAACAAGGAAGCUACUGAAAACAUUGAUGAUGAAACUAAACCGAGUGAGGAUGACCCUAGUGCUGCAGAGACUAAAAUCGAACCAAAAGUAAAACAAGAAGGCAAGAUGACUGAUAUUGCCCAACAAAACAAAGGACUUCGGCAGAUUUGGUCAUCAUUCGUUUACAAUAGCCGGAACAGGCCUCGCCUCUGUGAACAUAGAGUAUAA